AUGCACAUCUCGAAGCUGCCAGCUGCUCUCCUCAUCCUCUCUGUGGCACUAAACCACUUGAAAGCUACGCCUGUCAGAAGUUCCACCGGCCAUCAGACGGACAAACGGAAGUGUAAUACAGCCACAUGUGCCACACAGCGCCUGACAAACUUUUUGGUCCAUUCAAGCAACAACCUUGGUCCUGUCCUCUCGCCAACCAACGUGGGGUCGAACACAUAUGGCAAGAGAAGUGCUGCAGGGAUUUCAAACAGGGACUCUUUGGAUUUCUUACUCCUUUAG